UUUGUCAAGUCCAAGCACAGUCAUGGGAAAGCGAGGUAGCGGGAGGACAAUUAGUAUACAUCGUUGUGUCUUAUCCGUCCAAUCAUAUUUCUGCUUAAUGUGUCCAAAGUUCUUCCGUCGAGCGUGUUUUUGAUUUGUUUGUUUUCCGACUAAAUUUUCUAACUUGCUUUGAGAUUUGCUCUGCUCUGGGCUUUUUCGUCGUUUUGUCAAUCUCUCUCUCUGUAAUGGCGUACACCAAUUGGCCGGCCUUUGUGAAUGCAGCGGCCCGUCUCCCAUAGCGUACCGGAGUCUCAAAAUUCAAACCAAAAACAUGUGCUGCCAUGUUUCCUCCGCAAUGCUGCUUCUUCUCACCUGCCCGUGCGAAACACCGACUCCUGCCUUGAGGUCACUUUGUUACACCUAGAGAGGGAUGUGAUAUUCUGGCUAUCCCAUUAUCAUGUAUCUGCAGCUCACUUCCCCUUCACAGGACGAAGUCGCACUCUGGAGUCACAAUCAAAAGUGCAGAUGGUCACGAAAUCGACGUGUGAUGGAACAAAAAAAGCCAGAGGGAAAGAAACCGCUUCUAGUUUUAUUCUCUGUAACACUAUUGCCGAUCCUCCAAAAUGCAACAUCGCACCAGCGGGCGCCUCUGAAGGUCAUCAGUCAUGUACACGCAUUGUUGCUCUGAUGAACAAGUCUUUUUGUUUGUUGUCUCGAGAGAGAGCUUCGCGCUGAUGAGAGUGUGCUUUUGUGUGCUAAUAUGCAAAAUUGCAGCGCGCUACCAAAGCGGCCUGUGUCUAUUUAUUGCUGGCGUGUGUGUCGUCUGGGCGAGGUCUCGGGCUGUCUAUAUAUGCACUGCAAUGCCUGGCGUCAUGCAGACUGGAUAUGCUCCUGCCACGAGCGGAACGUCCCUCACGAUGCGAGAUGAG